AGCAUCAGCUGUUUGUCAUCUCUAUUGUUUACAAUUUUUAGUGAUAAAGGAAAACAAUAAACAUAAAAGUUCUUAAUUUGUGAAUUUUGUUUUAUAAAAUAUGUUUAACUAACGCAGUUGGUUAUCAACAGCAGCUGUGCGAAUUUUCUUAAAGCAGUCGUGAUGUUUUUGUUUUGGAACCGAUCUUCAACACGUAAUGUUAAUCCCACAGCGAAAAGAACGCGCGAAACACUUGGAGAAGAUUUUGUGCGAAAAUUAGACGCACUACAUGAUGAUGCUUUGCGCACCGGACUAGUAACUGCAGCUGAUUUGCAAGAAGCGUAUAGGAAAUCUCGAGAUGCAGAGCUUAAUCCGAAUCGAAUUAAUUUGUGGUAUGUGCUAGGCAUUUUAACGUUCAUAAUGGUAGUAACGCCAAUGUUUUAUGAAAUUAUUACGUUUCUUUUGGGAGUGCGUUGCUUUUUGCCCAAUAAUUAUAUUGUGUCGGAGGCAACGCGACCAAUAAGCGACUGUGACUUCUGCAGAGAUGUUUCAGGACCAAAGAUUCUACAAAAUCUUACGCGUGAAGAGUUUGCACCCUAUGCUUACUCAUCCCAGCCCAUUAUAAUCAAAAAUGCUGUGGCUCAUUGGCGGGCUAAGCAACUUUUAAAUUUCGAGUAUCUCAAAAACUUAUAUGAGCGUAUACCCGGUGCAAUGGAUGAGGUCUGUCCAUUUUUGCAUUUCCGUUCGGAUUUUAAAUCGUUGCAUGAUGUCUUUGCUAUGCCUAGGGAACGUGCAAACUUGAGCAUGGAUCAAACGCCUUGGUAUGUGGGUUGGAGUAAUUGCCAUCCAGUUGUAUUAGAAGAAUUACGUAAACUCUAUCCGCGUCCUCAUUUUUUACCUGUCGACGCCGAAAUGCCAAAUACGGAUUAUAUUUUUAUUGGCUAUGAGCAAGGCGAUUUCAUGCAUUUGGAUUAUAUACCCCGUCUAGUUUGGCAAGCUCAGCUACAAGGCAACAAAAGUUGGAUUGUAGCCCCCACUCCGGAGUGUGAUCAUGUUUGUCAAUCAUUUUCAUUCUAUGUAGAACCCGGUGAUGCAGUUUUGGUUGAUACGAGAAUUUGGUACCAUGGCAGUUCUAUCCCUAACAAAGGACAGUUCGCGCUCACCGUACAAUCGGAAUAUGGUUAAGCAGCAAUAUUGACUCGUAGGAAUUGCAUUUAACCGAUUAUUUCUUGAGCUAUGAUAAUUUUUACAAUAUAGAUUUCGGAAUAAAAUACAGUCAAUGACUUUAAAUAAUA